CAAGUCGCACUUCUCACGAAAGCGGACCGGGCGACGUGACAUAUCCAUAAGACCAAACAAAUGUAAACGCAUUCACUCAAGCCCUAGAGUCGACAACUGGAGUCUCUGAUUUUAGCUCAACUGCGUUCAAAAUUGCUCCUCGUUUUCCUCUCGUCUGAGGAAGGAUGACAACAACCCUAGGAUUCCGUUCUCCUGUUUCGCGGUCUGGUGCGGUAUCUCCUCAAGCACCUAGACCUGCAUUCGAUACGGAGGUGUUGCGAGCAUACGUGAAGAAACUCUUGCCAGCUACGCUUUCGCAUGCUGUGUGGCAACAUAUUGAGCGUGAACAAGUAAAAGGAUGGAUGAAGGAGAUAGGAGAACGCGUCAAAGAGCGGAUGGUGGAGAUCCAGCCACAUGGAUUUAAGUAUAUGGUCUUGGUCCAGAUCACAGAGAAUUUGGGGCAAGGUGGCCGAUCCCAUAUGGUGUCUCACUGGGAAGACGGUGAUGUCUGCUUAAACGAACUGUUUUUUAAUGACUCCUUGUUCUGUACAUGUACCGCCAUAGCGGUGAGAGCCUCGUGAGAUACCUAUGGGCUGCCGUGACCUCCAUUGAUUCUGGGGAUUAAUUCGAUGACUUGGAUGAUAUGUCACGAAAUUGCAUAAUUACUCGACAACUACAUCGAUCGUGACACGGAACCGCUUCAGGUUUGCCAGAACUUCGCUGUCGACCCUGGAUUUGUCUAGUGUCUAAUUCUCUGCGCGUUAAUCGAUACAUAAAUUCUGAUGAGUUAUGAUCGUGACGUCAAGCCGACAUGUCCAUUGGAAAAGUCU